CUUGCUGCCCAUCCCGAGGAGAAGCUGGGGCUUAGGCGGGGCGAUGAUUUUCCCCAAUAGCAGCAGUAACCCGGCGGGCGGCAGCAGGACUCCCUAUAGGAAACAGCCGUCCAUUGUACCAUCCCACCCAAUGGCUCCUCCUAGCCCCAGCACCACCAGCAGUAAUAACAACAGCAGUAGCAGCAGCAACUCAGGUUGGGAUCAAUUAAGUAAAACAAACCUUUACAUAAGAGGACUGCCUCCAAACACCACUGACCAGGACCUGGUAAAACUAUGCCAACCAUAUGGGAAAAUUGUAUCCACAAAGGCUAUUUUGGAUAAGACAACAAACAAAUGCAAAGGUUACGGUUUUGUAGAUUUUGACAGCCCAGCAGCUGCUCAGAAGGCUGUUUCCGCUCUGAAGGCUAGCGGAGUCCAAGCACAGAUGGCAAAGCAACAAGAACAAGAUCCAACUAACUUAUAUAUUUCCAAUUUGCCGCUGUCAAUGGACGAGCAGGAGCUUGAGAAUAUGCUUAAGCCAUUUGGGCAAGUUAUCUCUACAAGGAUACUUCGUGAUUCCAGUGGCACAAGUCGUGGUGUUGGCUUUGCAAGGAUGGAAUCAACAGAAAAAUGUGAAGCAGUGAUUGCUCAUUUUAAUGGAAAAUUCAUUAAGACACCACCGGGAGUUUCUGCUCCUGCAGAACCUUUAUUGUGCAAAUUUGCAGAUGGAGGACAGAAAAAGAGACAGAAUCAGAACAAAUAUAUACAGAACGGGAGAGCGUGGCAUAGAGAAGGCGAGGUGAGACUUGCUGGAAUGACGCUUACUUAUGAUCCAACUACAGCUGCUUUACAAAAUGGAUUUUAUCCUUCCCCAUACAGUAUUGCAACAAACAGGAUGAUCACUCAAACAUCUAUUACGCCAUAUAUUGCUUCUCCGGUUUCUACGUACCAGGUUCAGAGUCCUUCUUGGAUGCAACCUCAACCAUAUAUAAUGCAGCACCCCGGUGCUGUAUUGACUCCCUCCAUGGACCACACCAUGUCACUACAGCCUGCAUCAAUGAUAAACCCUCUGACACAACAGAUGAGUCACCUUUCAUUAGGCAGUACUGGAACAUACAUGCCAGCCACAACAGCUAUGCAAGGAGCCUACAUACCCCAGUAUACACAUGUUCAGACAGCAGCUGUUCCUGUUGAGGAAGCUAGUGGUCAACAGCAGGUUACAGUAGAGACGUCCAGUGACCAUUCUCCAUAUACGUAUCAGCAAAACAAAUAACUGAGAUAUCCAGUGUUGACCUUGCCUGGAGAAGGGUGCAAAGGCUGAAACAAUCAUGGAUUUUACUGAUCAAUUGUGCUUUAGGAAUUAUUGACAGUUUUGCACAGGUUCUUGAAAACAUUAUUUAUAAUGAAAUCAACUAAAACUAUUUUUGCUAUAAGUUCUAUAAGGUGCAUAAAAAAAUCCUUAAAUUCAUCUAGUAGCUGUUCCUGUGAACAGGUUUAUUUUAGUAAGAAAAUUUUUAUCAAGUAUUAUGACGCAAUUUUUUUUUUUUUUUUUCAAAUUUCUGGGUAUGCACAGAUGACCACGAAGACUUAUUUACGUGCAUGGCAGAAUUUGUAUUUUGGGUUUUUUUUGUUUGUUUUUGUUUCUUUUGUUUUGUUUUUUUAUUGUAUGAAAUGGGUUUUCUGAAGUUUAAAAUAGUAAAACAUCUAAAAUGAUGAUCUGUGCUUGCAGUGUGUGAGUGUUGCUACAGUGCAGUGUUGCAGUUAGUGUCUGUUCUCUUAGCUGUUCUGUUUUUCUUUUAACGUAGUGUGAAGUGUCUUAUCCUUUUCUAUAAAUUCCAAUUUGCCUUAAAUCUUUCAUGCUGUAGCUGUUUCAGUAAGUAGUCCAAACUAAUGGUGUAGAAUGCUUUGACCAAAUGAGCUGGUCUAUUAUGCCUUGUAAAACAGCAGCAUAGGGCUUUUAAAAGGUAGUCAAUAAAAAUUGCUGAAAAUUUGGCUUUUUUUAAUGUGUAGUAGGUGUUUUUAAUGAUUUUUUCACAUAAUAUGUAAGGUAGUGAAAUGCAAGAGGGGAAAAAUGUUUUGUGUGAAACACAUUUUCUGACUGGGGGAAUUUUAAUAGGAUAAAUUGUUUGUAAGGCCAUAUGCCAAUAGUUUCCUCUGAUAGUUUGAAUGAUUUAGGAACUCUGCUGUAUGAUGCAAUGUAAAAUCUUUUUUUGCCUUUUUUCAGAAACUAACUUGAUGUUCUAGUUUUAGUGUAGGUAGAGGGGGGAAUUUGGGGUGGGAAUAUCACAGAAUGUUUUUGUCCUUCCUUUAUACUAAUGAUAGUGCUUUAGAUUGAUGAUUGUGCUGAGACCUAGCAAACAGAAAAUUUGCUAUUACAGCAAAAUGGCAAAAGCUAAGGACUUGUUUGCAAACAUAAGCUGAGAUGUAAGUAGACGGAUAAUUGAUUGGGUACUAGCUCUCUAUAGUAGGUAAAUAAAAAUAAAAAGACUUGGCACUUUUAAAGGUAACUUUACCAAAGAACAAAGAGCCAGUAACCAAUAAUUCUGAUUUGUCUCAGCAUUACGUCUUCUGUACUCUUUAUUUUUGCCGGACCAGUUUGCGGUUAGGAGAAUGUGCCUUUUUUUGUACAUUUGCAUUUAGGUUUUAU